UUUCCAAAUCAGGUCACAUUCUGAGGUACUGGGGGUUGGGACUUCAACAUAUUUUGGGGGGUGAGGGUGGGGCAGAGUUCAACUCAUAAAAAUCACAAUUAUAAUUACUCAACUUCUUUUCCUUUUCUAUUUUUAAGCUGAAAGAAGUAUUGCCUGAGAAGUUUCAGGGUGUGGGGGUGAUAUUCUGAUCACUAGAAAUUACUCAGAUUCUGUAAUACUUGAUUUCUUUCCAGGUAUGACAUUUCUAAACAACCAUGAACAACUUCAGUUUCUUCACUGAGUUCAUCUUCCUUGGGCUGUCUGCUGAUCCUCACAUCCAGGCUCUGCUCUUUCUGCUGUUCCUGGGGAUUUACCUCCUAACCCUGGUGGGGAAUCUGGUGAUGAUCCUAGUGAUCAGAUGGGAUUCUCACGUCCACAUCCCCAUGUAUUUCUUCCUCGGACACCUGUCCUUCCUAGAUAUCUGCUUCUCCUCAGUUACCAUGCACCAAAUGCUACAGAACUUCCUGUCUCAGAAGAAAAGCAUCUCAGUGUGGGGCUGCAUUACCCAGAGUUUCUUUUUUCUUCUCUUUGGGUGUGCUGAAGCCAGUCUUCUCUCUGCCAUGGCCUAUGACUGCUGUGCAGCUGUCUGUCACCCUCUCCUCUAUACCGUUGUCAUGAACAGGCCUCUCUGUACUACAGUGGUUAGUGCAGCAUGGGUGAUAGGGUUUCUGAAUUCACUAGUAAAUAAUCUUUUCAUCCACAAGUUAUAUUUCUGUGGGUCCAACAUCAUCUCCCAUUUUUGCUGUGAGUUACCUUCACUAUUCCCUCUGUCCUGUACUGAUCCCACUGCCAAUGAGUUCCUUCUGUCAGGGUCCAGUGCAUUUCUGGGACUGCUGGCACUUUCCCUGAUCCUGUUCUCUUACUCCAGAAUCAUAUCUGCCAUUCUGAACAUCCGCUCCUCUGAGGGCCAAGGCAAAGCCUUCUCCACCUUCUCCCACCUCACUGUGGUGCUCUUGUUCUACGGGACAGCUCUAUUCAGGUACAUCAGUCCCGCCUCAGGCUCAGUGUUGGAGCGAGUGGUCUCCAUUCAGUACAGUGUGAUCACAUCCUUGCUGAACCCCCUUAUCUAUAGCCUCAAGAACCAGGAGGUGAAGGCAGCUCUGCAGAGGAUGCUGAGGCAACAAACGUGUGCCACAGGGUAAGAAAAAGCUAUGUGACUCUGCUCAGGAAAUAGAAAAUUUAUCUCUAUAGGAGAAAGAUUUUUAUAGGCACAGAGCACUUGGGGAAGACAGAUUACAAAUAAAUUCAAGUAUUUGUUUGGACUUCAAAGUAAAUAAAUUUCCCCAAAAAGAGGGGCUGGGGGAAAGAGUUUGAUGUACAGGCCCCUAUCUAGCAGCCCUUUGCAAAAUAAUCUGAGGAGAUAGCAGGGUUGACACAGAUAAGCAGGACAGGGUCUCUUGCCAAAAUGCUGACCCUUUUUUGGGCAUUUUCACAAAGGUACAUGAUAAAGAAAGGAGCCUACAACAAAAAAGAAAUCAGAUAUAUAUAACACUCCAGAAUGGAGACAGAGCCAUCCAGUUACCAGAUCUAGUGGUAUUCACUAGCAUUAAAAUGUACCUGCGUGUAGGCUGGUGUGAUGAUUAAUUUUAUGUGUCAACUUGGUUAGAUUAAGAGAUGACCAGAUAACUCUCAAAAUAUUAUUUGUAGGUGUGUUUAUGAUGGUAUUUCCAGAAGAGAUUAGCAUUUGAAUCAGUAGACUGAGUAAAGAUGAUUGCCCUCACCAAUGUGGGUAGGUAUUGUCCAACUGUUGGGUUCCAUUUUAUAUAUAUAUAUAUUUAAUCUCCAUUAUCUAUUCAACUUUUGAUGU